AUCAAACAUUAAUUUUAACAACAGAUUUAUAACUACUAUUCAUUUAUUAUCUACGUAUUUUGUGGGACUAACCAUUAUUCCUCUUUAUAAGUUGAUUAAUAAAGUUUCCAAACGGAGGCUUAGUGGACUUUAAAAUUUGAGGGUGUCUAUUAAUUGGGUAUACUGAUAAAUCUAGGCCGAAAUUGCACAAACUGGGACAAGGGACAGUAAAUUAAAGAUUCUUGUUGGAGAUGAUGGCUGGGUUGACCACCGUGAAAAUGGGAUCCUCUAUUCUUUUGAUGCCACGAAGUGCAUGUUCUCUUGGGGUAAUCUUUCGGAGAAACUACGGAUGGGCUCUCUUGACUGUAGAAAUGAUGUUAUCGUAGAUCUGUUCUCUGGCAUAGGAUAUUUUACACUGCCUUUCCUUGUGAGGGCCAAUGCCAAAUUUGUGUAUGCUUGUGAGUGGAAUCCAGAUGCUGUUGAGGCUCUACGUCGUAAUCUACAAGCUAAUUCUGUGGCUGAUCGUUGCACCAUACUGGAAGGAGAUAAUAGAGUUACAGCUCCAAAGGGAGUUGCCAAUCGAGUCUGCCUUGGUCUCUUGCCAACAAGUGAAGGAAGUUGGGUUACUGCAGUCAGGGCACUAAGACAGGAGGGUGGAAUGUUACACAUACAUGGUAAUGUUAAGGACUCAGAGGAAGGUUCAUGGAAGAACCAUGUUUUGCAAUCCAUUACCGGCAUUGCUAGAUCAGAAGGUUAUCACUGGGAGGUCUUAAUAGAACACGUUGAAAGAGUGAAAUGGUAUGCUCCCCACAUACGCCAUCUUGUUGUAGAUGUGAGAUGCCAACAAACUCAGGGUUAAGAUUUGGAAUGGAACGUGUCAGGCUUGAAUUAUAUGAGAAAAGCAUGGUUCUUCCCUCAGACAAGCCUUGAAAUUCUCAUACAGCAUGUGAAAUCCUGCUGCCACUUGCACUGUUAUGGCAAAUUAGUGGGUUCGAAACAGAUGACCCCAUUAAAGACGACUAGGCAGUAUCACAAAUUUUAGUAGAAAUUAGUGAAUCAGUGCUUAAAAGUUUUCUUGUGGAGAGUUAAAAGUGAUGAUUAUCUUGGUUACUAUAAUGAAUAUUUGUCUAGUGAUUUAUUGAGUGGAUAUUUUCUAAUUUGGUCUGGGAGCUGUUGCAUCACCUUGCUGAAUAAAAUACCUGGUGACUCGACCACGUCGGAGUGUAAGGUCGGGUUGUGCUGCAGUUCAAGUCGAACACUUGCCGGGCCUGAUUCUGACCGCUCCCAGCCGACAUGGGUGGGCCUGGCACUACCCAUGUUUGCGAUCGGAGGUGGCUACAUAAUUUUUCGACAUUCAUGCAGUGAACUAGUUUGAGGUUUGACGUUUGAAAGGCUACGGCUGGUGCUGGCAUCAAAGAAAUAAUUUUCUUUUGCAGUUAAUGGCUAAUUUAAUUCGACAAUGCCUGAGCAAUUCAGAAAA